AUGAGGGGGCAGGGGACCCAGUACAGAGCCCAGCAGCACACCGUGGACCCAGUACAGAGCCUUACAACACACCGGGGACCCAGUACAGAGCCCUGCAGCACACCGUGGACCCAGUACAGAGCCCUGCAGCACACCGGGGACCCAGUACAGAGCCCUGCAGAACACCCUGGGCCCAGUACAGAGCCCUGCAGCACACCGGGGACCCAGUACAGAGCCCUGCAGAACACCGUGGACCCAGUACAGAGCCCUACAACACCGUGGACCCAGUACAGAGCCCUACAACACCGUGGACCCAGUACAGAGCCCUGCAGCACACCGGGGACCCAGUACAGAGCCCUACAACACCGUGGACCCAGUACAGAGCCUUACAACACACCGGGGACCCAGUACAGAGCCCUGCAGCACACCGGGGACCCAGUACAGAGCCCUACAACACCGUGGACCCAGUACAGAGCCCUGCAGCACACCGGGGACCCAGUACAGAGCCCUACAACACCGUGGACCCAGUACAGAGCCUUACAACACACCGGGGACCCAGUACAGAGCCCUACAACACCAUGGACCCAGUACAGAGCCCUACAGCACACCGGGGACCCAGUACAGAGCCUUACAACACACCGGGGACCCAGUACAGAGCCUUACAACACACCGGGGACCGAGUACAGAGCCCUGCAGCACACCCUGGACCCAGUACAGAGCCCUGCAGCACACCGGGGACCCAGUACAGAGCCCUACAACACCGUGGACCCAGUACAGAGCCCUGCAGCACACCGGGGACCCAGUACAGAGCCCUGCAGAACACCGUGGACCCAGUACAGAGCCCUGCAGCACACCGGGGACCCAGUACAGAGCCCUGCAGAACACCGUGGACCCAGUACAGAGCCCUACAACACCGUGGACCCAGUGCAGAGCCCUGCAGCACACCGGGGACCCAGUAUAGAGCCCUACAACACCGUGGACCCAGUACAGAGCCUUACAACACCGUGA